GUUAUUAUUGUUCUAACCAAUUUUUUUAUUAAUACAAGGCCAUCUUAUUAUGUACUAUUCAGAACAAAUAGGUCUUCCUAGAACAGACCCCAAGAAUUGGAGACUUAGAACGGAUCCAUUGGGCCGUGAGACGUGGCAUUAUGAAGAGAAUAAGGACCAUUCCAAACAAGUCAAACCAACCAAGGAACCCCACCCAAUCACAUCCCUGGAUGACCCACUGGCUCUGAAAACCCUGCAGCAGUCUCUGUUUGUCCAAUAUCAUCUUCAAUUAGAUGAAUUUGAACCUCCAACGCCAGAAAAAAUCACUACUCCAGGUCAAGCAGCUGCAAAAGGUGCAGAAUUCUUUGAAUUAUUACAAGAUAAAGUCUCGGGGACGUUCCCCUGUCAAUACAAGGGACCCAUGUUUAUGACCAUAUCUUACGUUGCAGCCAAUUAUAUCUCAGGAUUGGAAAUCCCUUUACCCUAUCGUACCGAAAUGAUCAGAUACAUUGUUAAUACUUGUCAUCCAGUGGAUGGUGGGUGGGGGUUACACUCAGCUGAUAAAUCCACCUGUUUCGGAACCACUAUGAAUUAUGUAUGUUUGAGAUUUUUGGGACUCUCUGCGGAUCAUCCAGUGUGUGUCAAGGCUCGUAAAUUGCUCGUAACAAGACUUGGAGGUGCUUUGGGAAACCCUCAUUGGGGGAAAGCUUGGUUGUCUCUACUCUCCCUUUAUGAAUGGGAAGGAGUAAACCCGGCACCUCCAGAAAUGUGGUUAUUGCCAGAAUCAUUCCCAAUUCACCCAGGGAAAUGGUGGGUCCAUACUAGAGCCAUUUAUCUUCCUCUUGGAUAUGUUGCAGCCAACAAGGUCCAUUGCGAGGUGACUCCUUUAAUAAAGGAAAUCAGACAAGAAAUUUAUUCCAAACCUUAUGAAGAAAUUAAUUUCCUGUUGAAUAGAAAUAAUGUUUGUGGUAUUGAUUUGUAUUACCCUCAUACAAAAGUCCUUGACUUGGCCAAUUGGAUGAUGGUGAAAUAUGAAAAAUAUCUAAGACCUUCAUGGCUUUUGCAAAAGGCUAAUGCUCGGGUUUACGAAUUGAUUCAAAAGGAAUGUGCCAAUACAGACUAUUUGUGUAUUGCUCCAAUUAAUUUUGCCUUUAAUAUGAUUGUUACUUGGUGUGUUGAAGGGUCAGAAUCCGAUGCAUUCCGUAGAUUUCAAAAUAGAAUGAACGAUGUCUUGUUCCAUGGUCCCCAGGGUAUGACCGUCAUGGGUACCAAUGGGGUACAGGUUUGGGAUGUGGCCUUUAUGAUCCAGUACUUGUAUAUGACCGGGCUAGAACUGAAGCAUCGCGACAUGAUUCGUCGUGGGUAUGAUUUCCUUGUAAGAUCCCAAUUUGUUGAUGAAUGUGCCCCUGGAAGUUUCCGUGAUAAGAGAAAGGGUGGAUGGCCAUUUCUGACCAAAUCUCAAGGUUACACGGUGAGUGAUUGUACAGCAGAAGCCUUGAAGGCGAUCAUCAUGGUGCAAAAUGAUCCUGCAAACUCAGAUGAUCUUGCAAUUAAGGAAGCCAUCGCCCCUGAAGACUUGUACGAGGCAGUAGAUGUCAUUUUAAAUAUCCAAAAUAAGGGUUCGUUUGAGUUUGGAUCUUUCUCCUCGUACGAGAAAAUUAGAACCACCCCAUUGCUUGAAAACUUGAACCCUGCCGAGGUGUUCAAUAAGAUCAUGGUGGAGUAUCCAUACGUUGAAUGUACAGACUCUUCAGUUCUUGGAUUGACAUAUUUCCACAAGUAUUACCCUAAUCAUCGUGGAGAAGAAAUCUCCCAAGCCAUUCGUAAUGCCAUUCAAUACAUCACCGAGGCACAAAGCCCCAGAGAUGGUUCAUGGUUUGGAUCUUGGGGGGUUUGUUACACUUACGCUUCGAUGUUUGCCCUCGAGGCUUAUAAUGCCGUGGGGGAAACGUAUGCUACUAAUGAGUCUGUUCGUCGUGGUUGUGAGUUCCUCUUGCUGAAACAACGUGAUGAUGGAGGUUGGUCUGAAUCUAUGAAAUCUUGUGAAACGGAGACUUAUGUGAACUCUGAACAGUCUCUUGUGGUUCAAACUGCAUGGGCAUUGAUUGGGUUGAUUUUGGCAGAGUAUCCUGAAGACGAGCCAAUCAGUCGUGGUAUUAAACUUUUAAUGGAAAGACAAUUACCAACCGGAGAAUGGAAGUACGAGGAUAUCGAAGGGGUAUUCAACCACAGUUGUGCUAUUGAGUAUCCGUCCUACAAGUUUUUGUUUCCAAUCAAAGCGUUGGGAUUGUAUAGUAAACGAUUGGCUAAGUCCUCGUAAGAUAAAGAGUUGGAGAUUGGUGGUGAGUCUGCGUGCAUAUUGACACUUUUUGUGGGGGGAUAGAUGAGGUAGAGUACAUA